AUGGAGAAUCAAAUGAAUCCGAAGCUAGCUCAAAUAUUUAAUGAACGCGGCAUGCCAUUACCCACAGAAGAUCCUCCAAAAAAUGCAAUCGAAACUGAUUUUAAUAUUAAAGAGUCAGGAAUCAUUAAAAAAUGCGAAUCUUUAGAAGAAAACAGCGAUUUAUCAAACGGUGACUUUGCACGUUUACGUCAUCACUACUUAAAUCAAGAUAUCGUAAAUGAUAAAACUAAAGAUAUUCAAAAACAGCUCAAUGAGAUAGAAAAUUUAUUGGAAAAUGGAACAGAAUCUGAUAUAGAGCAAUUAUACAAACAGAGACAUGAAUGGCGGAAAACAAUUAAAGAAAAUCGAGGAGAAGCAAAGAUAUGUUGCGUUGAAGAUUGUAUCAAUACAGUUGUUCCGUCGUCAUUAUAUUGUGCUAAUCAUAUUUUACGUGAUCCUAACCAGAAAGCAUAUCAGAAAUGUGAAAAAUGCAAUAGGCCAUAUAUUGCAGCUAUUGGUUGUCUCUCUUGCAAAGAAUAA